AGAUAGAUCUCAUCUAUUAAACGAAACAAUUCUUCACAGGGCCUGUUUAUAAGAUGUGACAAAUCUAACAAUGGCAGCCACAGACGGCCAGGUCGUGGUCGCAGCGUCGCGGUGGUCAGACGAAGGUAAUUACCUCAGAGAGUUCGUGGUGAAGAACCGACUCCCAAACGUCGCAAAAAUCAUCAAAGGCCAAUAUGGUGGCCUCGGAGUACCAACACUACCUAGUCCCGGCUUACAGAGCACGGCUUUACUUGUAUCAGCAGGGAAAAGGAAGAAAAUUAUCGCCCAAGGUAUCAAAUUAAAAGAAGGUCGACGUAUGGUCAGUGUAGGGCCUAGAAUUGCCAUACCUGAAACUUAUAAGGGCUAUUUUGAGCUAUUAAGUGAAGAAGGCAGAGCCGUACGAUGUAUAGAACACGUAUCAGAGCUAGCGAGACGGAAACUUGAAGACGGGUGCCUAGUUAGAGAACCCGUUAGGGUUAUAUGUGCUAAAAUUGACUUAGACGGAAAUAUUACCGCUGACGGUGCGAGAAAUCUGCCAGCAGGUGAAAUAAUAAUGCCCAGAGGUGAAGCGUUUUUAGGUAAAAAUAAAUAUUUAAAGUGUACCGAUUCAAAAGGCGAUACAAUUUUGUUAAGUUUAGAUCAGAGAGGCAAGUUCUCAGCUGUUGCUAAGGAAGAGAAUAUAAGUGGAGUACAUACAGCCAAAACAUUGUUAACGAAACGUCUACCAAUCACUGUUAGACUCGUUCAUGGAACCCCUCCUAGAGGAUUAAAAAGUGCCAGUCAUUUUGUACCGGAGUUAAGAUUACUUUCAUUGUACGAGGAAGAUCAUGUUUUUGCUUUGCCCUUGCAAAAAGAAGGUAAUGCACUGGUUGCGCUACCACUCGCAGCUCCGUUGAAAAUGUUAAGGUGCAAAAACGAGGAACAUAUCAAAAACUUUAUGGAAUUCUCGAGACUAGUUGAAAAAUGUAAUAGGUUGCUAGUAGACGUUGUAGAUCGAAUACACGUUCUAGAUGGAAAGCUAGGUGAUCCUAAAAGAUUAUUAAACGCGCCUGUUCAUGCUCCACCUUUAAUCAAAUCCGGUUAUUUCUUGCGAAGAAGCGCGUCAUCAGAUUCGGCGAAUCAACAUAAAUAUAUGAGUCGACACAAUCAUAUAUACAGUAGUCACAGAGACGAACACAGCAUCCCUGAUGAGUAUGAUGAAAUAGACCAAAUUUACGACUACGUCAGAGGAUUUGCUCCUCUUCCUAAAAACAUUAAGGCAUCAUAUAGCAAUGAACCUGCAAGGCACGAAUCCGCACCCGCUUCACCCGCCGCUACACCGAUACACAUGCCCUUGAUAACUGAAAUCAAACCCGAACCUCCUCCCAUAGAGACGAUACCCACCAAGAAACCCUUCAACCAAAAAGCCGAAAAAAGAACGCGUAAGUCGACCAAUAUAACAAAAGAUACACCAAUAACCGUAUACAAAGAAAAGUGUUCUAUCGCACCAGCGGCUAACUUACCUAAAUUGUACAUUAAAAACAGUGUUAACAAUAAUAAAGGUAGGGCAUUAUUGAGUCAAAAAAGUCAUUCGCCAACUAAAGAGGCACCUAGUCCCGGAACUAGUCCUAUUCGACCUCUCACUAAGGGAGAUUCUCCAAUCUUUAAUAUUCGUUAUAAAAGCCUAUCAAAUAUCCACCAAGCAAUGGAAUUAGAUGGUACGCUUGAUUCGAGUCAUUCGGGUGGUCGUACGUCUGGAGAUUCUGGCAAUGGUCCAAAGUUACCAGAGAAAAGGUCUAGGAAGCUAAGUAGACCUAAGUCUUUGACAAAUUUAGUUUGGGAGUUAAAAGGAUGUCCCGUGGAAUCGAAUGAAAAACCCAAAACUAAGGUUAAAAAUGAAGGCUAUAAGAAGCUUGGAAACAAACUGUCAUUGGGAGCGCAAAAACGAGUACCAACGCUGUAUCUUUAAUUUUUGGUCCACGUUGUCCACAAUAAUACGACAAAGCAGCGACCAAAAUGGAAAGAGUCAUCGAACGAUCAAGAACAAAACGACAACAACGAAAAAUUUAAAUGUUCUACAGAAAAAAAAUCAUUUAAACUAUUGUAAAAUUGGUAUUUUCAAACCGAACUUCAUGUCACUUACACCAAAUUAUUAAAAAAAAAAAACUGUCACGAACACUAAAUGUCAAUGUCAUUAAUUGUAACAAAAUAAUGAAAACAUCGUCAUUACUGAAUCGUCUGAAACCAGAAUCAAAUCGAAAUCUAAAAUAUACACAACAAUUGAUAGUAACGAAAA